UGGCGCGCGGCGGCUCUGGGCCUGCGCGCGCCGGAGUCAGAGGUCGCGGCGGCGGCGGCUGUGGCGGGAAACGGCGUUUGAAGCGGGAUGGAGGGCAAGCGGCGGCCAGGCCCGGGGCCCGGGGUGCCCCCGAAGCGGGCCCGGGGGGGCCUCUGGGAUGAGGACGAGCCAUCGGGGCCGUCCCAGUUCGAGGAGGAGCUGGCGCUGAUGGAGGAGCUGGAGGCGGAGCGCAGGCUGCAGGAGCAGGAGGAGGAGGAGCUGCAGUCGGCCCUGGAGGGGGCUACGCACGGGCAGCUCUCCCAGACAGCCAUAGACCCCCGCUGGCUGCGGCCCUCCCCACCUCCCCUGGACCCCCAGACGGAGCCCCUCAUCUUCCAGCAGUUGGAGAUCGACCAUUAUGUGGGCCCAGCGCAGCCCCUGCCUGGGGCACCCACGCCCUCCCCGGGCUCCGUGCCCGUGCUCCGUGCCUUCGGGGUCACCGACGAGGGCGUCUCUGUCUGCUGCCACAUCCACGGCUUCGCGCCCUACUUCUACACCCCGGCGCCCCCUGGUUUCGGGCCCGAGCACCUGAGCGACCUGCAGCGGGAGCUGAAUGUGGCCAUCAGCCGGGACCAGCGCGGCGGGAAGGAGCUCGCGGGGCCAGCUGUGCUGGCUGUAGAGCUGUGCUCCCGGGAGAGCAUGUUCGGGUACCAAGGGCAUGGCCCCUCCCCGUUUCUGCGCAUCACCCUCGCACUGCCCCGCCUCAUGGCCCCCGCCCGCCGCCUCCUGGAGCAGGGCAUCCGUGUGGCAGGCCUGGGCACCCCCAGCUUCGCGCCCUAUGAGGCCAACGUCGACUUUGAGAUCCGGUUCAUGGUGGACACGGACAUCGUCGGCUGCAACUGGCUGGAGCUCCCGGCCGGGAAAUACGUCCUGAGGCCGAAGGGGAAGACCACACUGUGUCAGCUGGAGGCAGACGUGCUGUGGUCGGACGUGAUCAGUCACGCACCAGAAGGGCAGUGGCAGCGAAUCGCCCCCCUGCGCGUGCUCAGCUUCGACAUCGAGUGCGCUGGCCGCAAAGGCAUCUUCCCCGAGCCCGAGCGGGACCCUGUCAUCCAGAUCUGCUCGCUGGGCCUGCGCUGGGGCGAGCCGGAGCCCUUCCUGCGCCUGGCGCUCACCCUGCGGCCCUGUGCUCCCAUCCUGGGCGCCAAGGUGCAGAGCUACGAGCGGGAGGAGGAGCUGCUGCAGGCCUGGUCGGCCUUCAUCCGCACCAUGGACCCCGACGUGAUCACCGGCUACAACAUCCAGAACUUCGACCUUCCCUACCUCAUCUCCCGGGCCCAGACCCUCAAGGUGUCGUCCUUCCCCUUCCUGGGCCGCGUGUCUGGCCUCCGCUCCAACAUCCGGGACUCGUCGUUCCAGUCGAAGCAGACCGGCCGGCGGGACACCAAGGUGGUCAGCAUGGUGGGCCGCGUACAGAUGGACAUGCUGCAGGUGCUGCUGCGGGAGUACAAGCUCCGCUCCUACACACUCAACGCCGUGAGCUUCCACUUCCUGGGCGAGCAGAAGGAGGACGUGCAGCACAGCAUCAUCACCGACCUGCAGAACGGGAACGAGCAGACGCGCCGCCGCCUGGCCGUGUACUGCCUCAAGGACGCCUUCCUGCCACUGCGGCUGCUCGAGCGGCUCAUGGUGCUGGUGAACGCCGUGGAGAUGGCGCGUGUCACCGGCGUGCCCCUCAGCUACCUGCUCAGCCGUGGCCAGCAGGUCAAGGUCGUGUCCCAGCUGCUGCGACAGGCCAUGCGCGAGGGGCUGGUGAUGCCCGUGGUGAAGACGGAGGGCGGUGAGGACUACACGGGGGCCACAGUCAUCGAGCCCCUCAAAGGGUACUACGAUGUCCCCAUCGCCACCCUGGACUUCUCCUCGCUGUACCCGUCCAUCAUGAUGGCCCACAACCUGUGCUACACCACGCUCCUGCGCCCCGGGGCCGCCCAGAAACUGGGCCUGACCGAGGAUCAGUUCAUCAAGACGCCCACAGGGGACGAGUUUGUGAAGACAUCGGUGCGGAAGGGGCUCCUGCCUCAGAUCCUGGAGAACCUGCUCAGCGCCCGGAAGAGGGCCAAGGCCGAGCUGGCCAAGGAGACAGACCCCUUGCGGCGGCAGGUCUUGGACGGGCGGCAGCUGGCACUCAAAGUGAGCGCCAACUCUGUGUACGGCUUCACAGGCGCCCAGGUGGGCAAGCUGCCAUGCCUGGAGAUCUCACAGAGCGUCACCGGGUUCGGGCGCCAGAUGAUUGAAAGAACAAAGCAGCUGGUGGAGUCCAAGUACACGACGGAGAACGGCUACAGCGCGAGCGCCAAGGUGGUGUACGGUGACACCGACUCCGUCAUGUGCCGAUUCGGCGUCUCCUCGGUGGCGGAGGCCAUGGCCCUAGGGCGGGAGGCCGCCGACUGGGUGUCGGGCCACUUCCCCUCGCCCAUCCGGCUGGAGUUUGAGAAGGUCUACUUCCCCUACCUGCUCAUCAGCAAGAAGCGCUAUGCCGGCCUGCUCUUCUCUUCCCGGCCGGAUGCCCAUGACCGCAUGGACUGCAAGGGCCUGGAGGCCGUGCGCAGGGACAACUGCCCCCUAGUGGCCAACCUUGUCACCGCCUCGCUGCGCCGCCUGCUCAUCGACCGAGACCCCAAUGGCGCCGUGGCCCACGCACAGGAGGUCAUCUCGGACCUGCUGUGCAACCGCAUCGACAUCUCCCAGCUGGUCAUCACCAAGGAGCUGACCCGCGCGGCCGCCGACUACGCCGGCAAACAGGCCCACGUAGAGCUGGCCGAGAGGAUGAGGAAGCGGGACCCCGGGAGCGCGCCCAGCCUGGGCGACCGUGUCCCCUACGUGAUCAUCGGUGCCGCCAAGGGCGUGGCUGCCUACAUGAAGUCCGAGGACCCCCUCUUCGUGCUGGAGCACAGCCUGCCCAUCGACACGCAGUACUACCUGGAGCAGCAGCUCGCCAAGCCGCUCCUGCGCAUCUUCGAGCCCAUCCUGGGCGAGGGCCGCGCCGAGGCCGUGCUGCUGCGGGGUGACCACACGCGCUGCAAGACGGUGCUCACAGGCAAGGUGGGCGGCCUCCUGGCCUUCGCCCAGCGCCGCAGCUGCUGCAUCGGCUGCCGCACGGUCCUCAGCCACCAGGGAGCCGUGUGCAAGUUCUGCCAGCCCCGGGAGUCGGAGCUCUACCAGAAGGAGGUGUCCCACCUGAACGCCCUGGAGGAGCGCUUCUCGCGCCUCUGGACCCAGUGCCAGCGCUGUCAGGGCAGCCUGCACGAGGACGUCAUCUGCACCAGCCGGGACUGCCCCAUCUUCUACAUGCGCAAGAAGGUGCGCAAGGACCUGGAAGACCAGGAGCAGCUUUUGAGACGCUUCGGGCCCCCCGGCCCCGAGGCCUGGUGACCUCUCACCUCGGCCAGCUUCCCACAGGGCCUCGGGGUGGGAUUGGCGGAGGAUGAAUAAAGUACAGGCCUUUUGUUA